GUUGUUGCUGUUGCGUUUUCGUGUUUCUUACCAAAUACUGGAAUAAAUAUGAUCUCAAACAUUUCGUCAGUGGACUUAAUCUUCUGACACUUGUAACGUUAACUGUUCCACGGCAGUAUAUUAACAGUUUGGUGAAUCUAUGUUGACAAACUCAAAAGAAUUUCGAAAGCUAACUAAGUUAGCUAGCCGUAAACUUUGUAGCUAGCAGCUAAAGCUAGCCGGCUAGCUUUUAAAUAUUUGGCCAGUCUGGCUUUCAUCGUACACUGUCACACUGCUUCUUUCAUCUCGGAAUAAUGGCGACCCCGGCGUUGUUGCAGAAAAAGAAAGGGAAAUAUCUUUGGUUUGCUCUUCUCGGACUUGGAUUUCAACCAGACACCGCAGUUGCCGGCAAAAUCAACAUAAAUGUCAAACAUAUCAACCUGGGACCGAAUAUGUUUGACAAACCAAACAAGGAUGCCUUCUACAUAGUAACCCAUUUCCUGUUGGAUAAACUCAACCCGACGCGAUUCAGUGAGGCGUACAGGUACUGUUGGCCUGUGUUGGACCACAAAGCAGAUGCUGAGUUCCGUAAAGUUACGUGUGCCUGGCUGCGAGAAAUAAUGGAAACUGCAAAUGCAGGGUCCAAAGUGGUAGCAUCCUUAUUCCUCUCACCCGGAGGCCCCAAGUUUAUCAGCUUGAUGCUCCAUUUGGCUAAUCAUGUUAUGCUGCAGGAAAUGAAGACAUUCACUACAGAUGACAGCUGGGUUCCUGAGGCUGCAGCGAUGCCUGCUUCCUCCCUGGACAUGGCAGUGAAGAGACUGACCCUGGUCAACACCAGGUUUUUGAAAGCUGCAGUGGACCAGGAUCAUUUUCUCCAAGAUUACCAGAGACGAGCUCAGCUCCUGGUAAAGUCUGUGAAGGACAUCAGAGCAGAGGGUGCCAAGUAUGAUGAACUGAUCAAGCGUCACAGCAGUGAUUCUACGCAGGAGGGAGCUUCUCCAGCUGAGAAGGCCAAAAAGGUGCGCUCCUUGUGGUCGGCCAUUGACGGAAUGCUGUCAACAACCCAAGAGGAGCAGCAUGCAGUGGGAAGUGUGUUGAAGGGGGAUGUAGAUCAAUACAUCCUGGACGGGACUGACAGAGUCCUCAAAAUUCCCCGGAGUCUGCUGGAGAGAAUUGAGCAGCUUCCACAUCAGUUGAGUUCAGGGAAUGUGUAUGAGGCUGGCCAGCUGAACCUCCUGUGUGUGUUGGAGCUGAUGAACCAUGCGCUGCAGCUCCUGAAGGAGGAGCGUUGUCGGGUUUCUCAUGCCCCCAAACCCCAGCUCAGUCCUCAGCACCUGCAGGAGAAAUGCCAGCAGAUGGCCCGUGUGUUGCAGAACCUUCACCUCACCAGAGAGAAGAUUUCUAAGGAAGGAAUUCCUGAACUCAGGAGUGCCAUCAGAGAGUUGGAGGCUGAGUGGGACAGGAAGUGGAUGGACACCCUGAAAGACACACCCCUGCUGUCGUUUCUGAAUGAAGAUCCUGCUCUUGGCUUCCUCUCACCAAUGGCUCCUCUGUCUUUUGAACCGGCGGCUGAGGCCAGUUACAGAAGUAGUGUUUUCUCCCAGUACCCUGCAACGCUUCUUGAGGAGAAGCCUGCAGAGAAUAAAUCACAGGAGGUCAUCCAGCCUAGUUCUUCGAAACUGAAGAGCUCUUGGCAUGCAACAGCUGAGAGGACUGAAAGCCCCGUUGUCACCACUGAAGCAUUAUCACAAGCGAAUACCUCUCUUGACUGGCUUUUCGACACGCCUCCAUCGCCUCCUCUUAAGGCUCCAUCGGUACCAGCACCUCUAGCCAGUGUGAGGAAGACAACCCAUGUUCAUCCAAAGGCAUCUACCAUGAAGUCCAAGACUCAGAUAUUAGACAUGGAAUGUGAUAACCUCGCUGAUCAGUUCGCAGAUGCUGUAACUACAACCAGUCCCACAGAAGGCAGGGUCAAAGGUCUGGACCUGGAGGGCCUUCUCAGUACUCUUCAUGGUGAUCCCUUCUCCACUAGAAAGCAGCUGCCACGCACACCAGAGAGCUUGAUUAAGGAUGUGAGGAGCUCCUGGCGAAAGGCACUUGAGGAAGACAAAUCGGGGAAAAUUGGGCAGUCAGUCAAGUUUAAUGACAGUGUAGUAGGGCGACUUUCUCCGCUCUAUGUAUCAAAUGUGUUGCUGAGCCCCGAUGCUCCCUCCCAGAGCGUUUCCUGCAGUAUCACCCCCACUAUCAAGAGUCAAAGCAGCCCACCUGUCAGCCAGCAGGGGGUCUUACUCAAAUCCACUCUGCUGUGGGACACCUUCAACACAGAGGCCCUUGACAGCCCGAGUGGCACGGGCAGCAGUGCGGUCCAGUUCAGCCUCGACCACGAAACCCUCCCUGAAAUGUCCAGCUGUGACAGUCUGCUGAGCCUCGACGAUGAAGCGGUGGAUAUGAAGAGUGAAGACGAUGAUGAGCUCCUCAUCCCCCCCCACCAUCCUGGUCGGACCCAGCAGGCGUGCAGCGAUGGCUCCUUCAUGGAAAGCAGGGAGAAGACACCUGAGUGUCUUCUGUUGGAUCACAAGGUUUGUGGUUUGGACAGAGACUGGCUAAUGGAGCCUGUAAAGCCAGUGGAAGCCACAGACAAGGUCUUCUCACUGGACCUAGACACACUGGAGACACCUUCACCUCCAAAGAAGCAGGAGUACAGCCUCCCAAAACUGAUCACAUUUUCCCCACUUGAUGACAUGAAAUGUUAAUUACAUUCAUAUGAAAAACACAUUUCAGCCUUGACUGCCUUGAACUAUCUGCCCUAAUACACAUGUAGCCAAUAUUUGUAUGUAAUUAUGAAAUAACCUACUUCUGCCACACUCUAAAUUAGUCCUGUUUGUUUUUAAUUUAAAAUAAGACAUGCUGCUAAUAAAAUAGUGAAAUGUGGUUCAUUAAAUUUUAACUUGUGUGUACAUAAAGAUUGCUAACUUCAAAGUGUCAUUAAUGUGGAAUUUGUCAUUGUCCAGUCUUAAUGUUGGGUAGCAGGAAAGUGUUUUGAAUCCACUGUAUUUGUGAAAGGCUGGUCUGCCUCUUACUGUUAAUAUUUACAUUGCACUAUUAGCAUUACAUCUUUACAGGAUGUUAAGUUUCCUUGACGGUAUAUGACCACAAUACGAUAGGAACCAGGGUCAGCCAGGCUGAUGAAAGAAUUUACUGAAUGUUUGAUUAAACAUUUGGA